CACGUUCAAACACAGUAGAGUGAGAAAGAGGAAACUGGUGAGCAGCAGAACAUCAGCAGAGACAGAAAAUUACAUCAACUGCCAGUAAAAGACAGACAUGGCCAGCAAAUACACUUGCCUUGCAGAGCAAGAAGAACCUGAGAAGCCAGAACUCAGGAUUUUGCUUCUUGGAAAAACGGGUGUUGGAAAGAGUGCAUCAGGAAACAACAUCUUAGGGGAAACAACGUUUGAAUCCUCACCAUCUUUUACUGCAGUAACAUCAGAGUGUCAGAAGGAAACAGGUCUGUUUGAUGGUCAAAAACUGGCUGUAAUUGAUACUCCAGGUUUAUUUGACAGCGAUAAACCUGAAGAGGAGGUGAAGGAAGAGAUCAGUAGGUGCAUCUCCUUUGCUGCUCCUGGUCCUCAUGCGUUCCUGGUUGUGAUUCGGGCCAACAGAUUCAAAGGCGAAGAACAAGAAACAGUGAAAAUCAUUCACAAUAUGUUUGGGGAACAGUCAGCACGUUACACUAUGGUCUUGUUCACCUACGGAGACGAUCUGAGGAGAGGUGGAGUAACCAUAGAAAAAAUGAUCAAUGAUAAUCCUGUUAUCUCUGACUUCAUCAGUCAGUGUGGUGGAGGAUAUCAUGUCUUUAACAACACGGUCACAAAUUCCUCUCAGGUCAGAGAGCUGCUGGAGAAGAUCAACACCAUGGUUCAGAGAAAUGGAGGAGGAUAUUACACCUAUGAAAUGUUCAGAGAGGCUGAGAGAGUCAUGAAACAACCAGAAGCCGACCUCAGGAUUGUUCUUGUUGGGAAAACCAAAGUUGGGAAGAGUGCAGCAGGAAACAGCAUCUUGAGAGGAAAAGUAUUUCGAUCCACAGCUUCCUCUUCCUCUGAAACAUCAGAGUGUCAGAAGGAAACGUCUCUCUUUGAAGGUCAAACACUGGCUGUAGUUGAUACUCCAGGUCUGUAUGAAACUAAACUAACUAAAGAGGAGGUGAAGAGAGAGAUUGUUAGAUGCAUCUCCUUUGCUGCUCCUGGUCCUCAUGUGUUCCUGGUUGUGAUCCAACCAAACAGAUUCACCAAAGAAGAAGAAAAAACUGUGAAAAUCAUUCAGGAGAUAUUUGGUGACCAAGCAGCUAAUUACACGAUGGCCUUGGUAAUCCAUGAAGAUGAUGUGAAGGAAGAAACCAUAGAAGAAGCAAUCAAACAUCCAGAUCUCAAAGACUUUAUCAGUCAGUGUCGUGGAGGAUAUCAUGUUUUUAACAGCAGAAACAAGGAUCCCUCUCAGGUCAGAGAGCUGCUGAAGAAAAUCAACACAAUGAUUAAAAGAAAUGGAGGAUGCUGCUACACCACCAAAAUGUUUGAAGAGGCAGAGAAAGCCAUAAAUACAGAGAUGGAACAACUGGAGAUGACAGUAGCUUCAGAGACAGCCAAAGAAGGACGAUACAAAGCAGAAAGAAGGAACAAAUUCACCCUGGGGGAUUGGGAUUCUACUAUUGCUGGAGCUGCUGCUUCUACUGCUGGUGUUGGUGCUGGAAUUGCUGCUGGAGUUGGUGCUGGAAUUGUUGCUGGAGUUGGAAUUAUCGUUCAAGGAGCUCGAGUUGGAGCAGCUGCAGGAGUUGCAGCAGGAAGUGCAGGAGCUGCAGGAGUUGCCGUGGACAUUGCAGUGAGUGUUGCAGUAAAAGCUGCAAUUUUGAAAUGGAAAUUGUGGGAUUGUGUUACACAGUAACACACAGUAAGUAAGAAAUAGUUUCUUUGGGACACCGUGAGAGUUUUUGUUCUACAGUAAUUUUGAUCAUUAAGCAGUAACCUAUUAAGGACAAAUUAUCAUAAAGACAGAAGAAAAUAAUCACAGCAUAGUGUAAUUAUCUUUGUAAUUCUUGUUUUUGCUGAAUAUUUUUGUAUGAAAUCUUUAAUGACAUCAUAGUUUUUAUUACUUUACUGAAUAGGAACAUGUUAAUCAUUACUGAUUAUUAGCUUGUAAUGAAUGAGGGAAUUUUAAAUUCUAGUCUAAAGCAAUUAGUCUGCCAGAUUAUGUACAAUGUGUUUUGAAACUGCAAGUCUAAAAUUUAGUUUGAUCUCUUGAAUAAUGUAUCAUGAAUUAAACAAAUUACAUUUUUUUUUAUGAA